CCCCAGCGCAUGUAAUAGUGGCGAGUCAUACCGUCGUCGGGAUGUUUUGCCGUCUAGUCUAUUUACGCCUUUAAGUAGACGCUGUAAGCUGCGUUGCGAGGUUUGCUUCAUACGUUUGGUUCCGUAGAGUUUCAUUAAAGCCUCUCAUCCUCAAAAGCCCCCUCGAACCCUCAACAUGGCGGAUAUUUCAACGACGCUCCCAUUGACACGCUCGUCGGUCGUGGCAGCCCACGAUGUGGUCAGGCCACAUGUCCACAGGACACCGGUCAUGAUGAACCGCACAAUCAACAGCAUUGCCUCAACACCGCAGACUUCGCUAGAGGGCACGAGAUGGGAAGGACGCACGCCUGCCAAACCCAAGUUGAGGCUAUGGUUCAAGUGCGAGAACUUGCAAAGGAUCGGCGCCUUCAAGGCCCGUGGCGCGUUUCAUGCGAUCGCGAGACUGAAGCAGGACAAGCAAUGGGUUGAGAGCGGCGGUAUGGAAAAAGGUGUCUGCACACAUAGCUCAGGUAAUCACGCCCAGGCUCUCGCACUGGCCGCCAAGGAGAACGGGAUACCUGCGUACAUCGUCAUGCCGGAGAUCACGAUACCCCAGAAGAGAGCCGCGACCAAGGGCUACGGUGCCAAGGUGAUUGACUCUGGCAGCACGGCUGCGGAGCGCGAGGCUGUGGCCGACAAGGUCAUGACAGAGACUGGUGCCAGGCUCGUGCCCCCCUAUGAUCAUCCUGAUAUCAUACUAGGACAGGGAACUCUGGGCCUCGAGCUGCAGGAGCAGGUUGCGGAGACGAUGGCCAAGGGCGAGGGAGCUGCCAUGGACGGCUUCAGGGCGGAGGACACCCGUCACGACUUCAAGGGAAAGAAGGGCCUCGAUGCCGUCGUCGCGCCCUGCGGUGGCGGCGGCAUGCUGUCCGGCGUUGCACUCAGCUGCGAGGGCACGGGCAUCAAGGUCUUUGGCGCCGAGCCGUCUUUCCAAGGGGCAGACGACGCCAAGAGAGGAUUCGAGUCUGGGACGCGCGUGACCGGCGUCUCGACCAUGACGAUCGCGGACGGACUGCGCACCAACCUCGGCGUGUACCCUUGGAAGGUAGUCUACGAAAUGAAGCUGGUCAAUGGAUUCUACAGCGUGACGGAGGAGGAGAUCAAGGCCGCCAUGCUGCUGGUGCUGGAGAGGUUCAAGAUGGUGGUGGAGCCGAGUGCGUGCGUGCCCCUGGCCGUGGCCCUCUUUGACGAGGACUUUCGGUCCAUGGUAGAACGUGAGGCUGGUGAGGACGGCUGGGACGUUGGGCUGGUGUUUUCAGGAGGCAAUGUCGGUGCUGAUGCCAUUGGCAGGCUUUUUGGAUGAGAGACAUAGUGUAUAGAGGGUUGGUCUAAGAAACAUCAUCAUAGGGGGUAGAAGCGAGGUUUUCAUUCCAUAGAUUCACGAUGCACUUUCAAUCAGAUAAUCAGCCAGUCAAGAGAGAAUCGAAUUAGUGGCAUGAAAUUAAAAAUCAAAACAUGAAAAAAGAAAAAAAGGAAAAAGCUAGCUUGGAAGACCGCGAAAAGGCAAAAGAAGAACCUCCCCCGCACAGGAUCGAACUGUGGAUCUCCCGAUUAUGUGUAGCAAUUGAUGCUUAACAGUCGGACGCCUUAGCCAGCUGGGCCACAGGGGAUGUUAUUCGAGAAUUCC